AUGACCCCCUGUGUCAAGAUGAGUUCGUCGAAACCCUUCGGCCAUCUUCUGCUUCAUACAGUAUGUGAACUGUCUUCUGCCUGUACCUACAGGGUCACAGACGUUGCAGUCCGCUGGGUGAACAACCAGACCAUUAAAGCCUUCACUCAGAUGGAUCUGAGAAGACGCUCUGACACGGGAAGAGCCAACUUCCCCCCUCAGGCCACCAUCAUGUCGCCCGUGCGAGUUCCUUCAAACUGUCCCAUGGAGAUUCGGCCUUUGACGUUUGAUCCAGAUGGAGACACGGUUGUGUGCAGAUACGGCGUGGCUCCUCUAGAGUGCGGUGCCUGUCAACCCCCUCAAGGCUUCACAUUCUCUUCAAACUGCACGAUGUCAUUUGAUGCAGCAAACAGCGCAGUAGGGGGUUCUAUGCAGUGGAGCUGA